AUGGGCCCCAUUGAGCAUAAAGUUGAUCUUGUGGUUAUUGGUGCUGGUUGGGCAGGGCUAGUAAAUGCAAAGACGUACCAGCUUUUGCAUCCUGAUCAUUCUGUUGUGCUUUUGGACCAGAACGAGAGUCUUGGUGGCACAUGGGCCAAGGAAAGGCUGUAUCCUGGCUUGAAGACCAAUAACCUGGUUGGCACUCUAGAGUACCCAGACUUUCCUCUGGUUCCCGAGGAAUUUGGGAUAGAAAGAGGCCAACAUAUUCCUGGGCCUGUUAUCCACGAGUAUCUGUCUCGCUAUGCCGAGAAGUUUGAGAUCGCAGAUAAAAUCUGGCUCAAACACGCAGUGGUGAGUGUUGAGCAUAAAGACGAAGGCGGGUGGAUUGUAACAGCCAAAGCCGGAGACCACACCAUCAAACUUGGGGCAGCCAAGAUUGUUGUUGCCACGGGGCUGUCAUCGGAAGAGUUCUUGCCAAGGUUCGACGGCGAGGAAACUUUCGGUUCACCCAUAGCACACACGAAACAUUUUCCGAAAUACUCGGAUACUCUGGACACAGCGAAGUCUGUGACAGUUCUCGGUGGACCAAAAUCAGCCUGGGACGCAGUCUACGCCUAUGCAUCGAAGGGAGUCCAAGUCGACUGGGUGAUACGAGAAAGUGGUCAUGGCCCAAUCUGGCAAGCACCACCAUUCGUGACCCCUUUCAAGAAGUGGCUCGAGAAACUUGUGAAUACUCGCGAUUUUGGCACGAAACAAGGAUUGGUCGUGCGAUCACCCGGGGGAUUCUGGUGCGUGUUGGGCAACGACAUCGUUACGCUGAACCGAUACGACAAGCACCCGGAGACGAAGAAGUUGAAACCAUGGACCGAUCCGUUUUUCAGUGGCACGGCCUUCUCGAUCUUGAACUAUGAUACGAAUUUCUUCGACCACGUCAUGAGCGGCACUGUCAAGAUUCAUAUAGCAGAUCUGAUUGGGCUUUCCCCAUCGACUGUGCAUCUCUCUGACGGGACUUCAUUCCAAACAGAAUUGCUUUUGUGUGCUACUGGUUGGAAACAUGUACCACCCCUGAAGUUCCUGCCCGAGGGAAUCGAGAAAGAGCUUGGGCUGCCUCAUGCGCUUUCUCGCCUGCUUGACCAGCCAAAACUUCAGAAACUCGUCCCUUUGGCUGAAGCCAAGGGGCUAUCUACUCGUAUCCAAGACGAGGUUGACCCCUCCAACCACACAAAGCUUACGCCUUUUACACUCUACCGAUUCAUAGUCCCGCCACCCCCGAGAUUCUUCGCAACCAGGGACAUCGCCUUCGCGGCGUUUGCUACCAACUUCUCCACUGCGACAUCGGCCCACUUGCAGGCGCUAUGGAUCUCGGCUUUUUUCGAUGGGGAUAUCGCAGUGCAAGGACAGGAUAACGAUACGCAUCAUGAGGCCACAGAGAAGAUUAAAUAUGAUACGCUUCUUCACAGUAGGUUCGGAAGGUGGCGUUAUCCGGCUGGUCGUGGCAGCCACUAUCCAGACUUUGUCUUCGACGCCGUGCCAUACUUUGAUCUGCUACUGGGAGACCUGGGCCUAGAGAACCAUCGCAAAAAGGGGUGGUUCGCUGAGAUUACAGACCCGUACGGGCCAGCUGAUUACAGAGACACGGUCGCCGAGUGGGUUGCUAAGAGAGAUGCUCUGGUUUCUGGAUUGCGAUGA